AUGUGCGUUGAUUACAAAAUAAUUUCCAUAAGUGUCCAUGUGAUGUUGGGAAAUCUAAAGGAAUUUAUUUCGGUAGUUCAAGAUGGGUUAACUUCAAAUAAUAAUUUGCGACAAACGUUACAAGAAGUUCAAAAAGUGAAAAAUAUAUUUAAGGAUAAACAAAAAAUAACUAGCGAAAGUAAAGUUAACUAUGGGGCUGGAAGUUCUUUAUUGGAGAAAUAUCAAGAGCAAUGGGCAGAAUUACAUGAAAAUGCUGACAAAAAUGCAAGAGCAGCUGAAAAAGUCGAUAAAUUAAUUAUCGAACUGCAUGAAGUCACAAAAGCACGUUUACAUAGUGCGACAGAACUUGCACUAAAUUUGGCGCAUUUACCGAACUUAACAGUUUCUGUUGCUCAGUGUAUUGAUAGUCUAAAGAAUGUACAAACUUUAUUGACUGAUGUAGAGGACCAAUUAGUUGAUUUUGAAGACAUAGUUGAAAGAAGUAAUAUGGAAAAAUGGAAACUUGAUCAUCAUUAUCAUCUCACAUUGUACAAAGAAAAGAAAAUGGCUGGACUUGAAGAAAUACGAAGUCAAUUGGCAAAAGAAAACCUAGAGAAAAAUAAUGAGAGAGAAAGAAAACAAUUUGCUGAAUUACAGGCUAAAAGAGAAAAUAGUGCCGUUGCAUUUCAAAGUGACCUUGCUAAAUAUUUAGCUAGUGGAAAUAUACCAUCAACUCCAUCACCUGCACCAAAAAUAACCUUAGAACAGAUACAAUUAGAUGAUGACCGCAGCGACUUAGAAAAAUUUCUUGAAAGU